AUGACGCACUAUGUUUACUAUCCUUCCUCCGGACAUUACCCAAAUGAAGAAAUGUAUAAUAGAAAUCCCAAGAAACUUAAUACUGGCAUAAAUAAAUUAGGCCCAAAUCAAACAGCUAAACGGGCUAUUUGUAAAGCCUGUGAACACAAUGAACAUAUAUUUGAGAAGGGAAGAAAUGAUGGCCUUCAAUUGUGGGAAGUAUAUGAUAAAUGGGGGUUUUUUAAUAGGUGGGAUCGUGUACAACGACAUUGGAAACGUUGUCAAUAUUGGCGUGAGUAUUGGAUUGAUGAAGACCAAGAAGUAAUGAUGUAUGAAGACCCUGAUGAAAAUAUGGCACGUAAUGCUGUAAGGGCAUUGCGACAAGCAAGAGAGCGAAACAAUACAGCCAUGUCCAUUGUCUCAUCCAAUUCCAAUACCACAAGCAAUAAUACACGAAUGUCAGAAACUUCUUCAAACUCAUCCCAUAUAAACUCUAAAAAAAAAAAAAUAAAUUAUACACUUGAAACUUAUGUUGCUCGUCCAUUAUCAACUAGUCAACAAUAUGAAUUUAAUCGCCGCCUUCUGCGUCUAAUAGUUCAAAAUGGGCUUUCUUUUCGGUUUACUGAAUGUAGUACACUCCGUGAGUUUGUUGAUUUUUUUAACCCAACCGUUAAAAUUCCAACUCGCGGAACAUUAAGUGCUAAAAUUCUUGUUGAGUAUGCAGAAAAAUUAGAACAAGCUAAAGUCUCUACUCUCUCUGAGUCACAAGAACCAGUUACAAUCAUGUUUGAUGGUUGGAAAAAUGUUCGUUGCCAGGAAAUUUUGGGCGCUGUUAUUCUUUCUGCAACAAAUCAGCUAUACAUAUGGGGUGCUGAAGAUAUUAGCAAUCAUAGUCAAAAAACUCUCGAUGCAAACUUAUGCGUUGGCGAUAUUUUCAAACUUUCAUCUAUAUAUAAACAAACAGUAAAGGAUGCCAUUGGAAUUGUAUCAUAUUUUACAGAUAAACGGCAUUCAAAGGCAAUAUCAUUACUUCGCGAUGAACAACAAAGAAUUUAUAAAACUAUAUUUAGCUUUGUACUUCCAGUAACCACCCGUUGGAAUUCAUAUUAUUAUUGCUUUGCGACGCUGCUAAGAAGUAAACGUGCUAUACAGUCUUAUUCGAUUUUACAUCAAAGCUCUUUCAAGUCAUCAGAUAAAUUCAGAGCUGCUAUUAACAACCCUCAAUUUUGGACAUACAUUGACGAAUUAGUAAAGCAUCUUUUGCCCUUUGUCAGUAUUUUGGAUUAUCUUCAGCGUGAUGCGGCCAACCUUUUUGAUGUAACGUAUGCAUUUGUAUAUAUAGCACAGCAAUAUGAAGAUGAAAUUGAUGAAUUUAGUCCUAUGAUACUGCAAAAACUUGAAAAAAGAUGGGCCGAUUGGGAACAACCUCUUCUUUUACUGGCAGUUAUAUUUCAUCCACAAUAUCGUCUUCAAGCUUUAUCUGAUAUUAAUUUUUUCUCUCUUGAAAGAAUAACACAGUGGAUCGAAUAUUAUUAUGAAGCAUGGUUUAAUAUAAAGCCAAAACAUGUCGCGUUAGAACUAACUGAAUAUUACAUGAAACGUGGCAUAUUUAGUGAUAAGAGAUUUGAAAAUACCCUUGAAGCCAUCUCAAAAGAAAAUAUGGCAAUGAAAAAUGCAACUGGACUCGCAUUAUUGCGAUACUGGGAAUUUGCAGCAAUUGACCAAAAAGAAAUUGGUAAAGUUGCACUUCGGUUGUUUAGUAUUAAAGUCAAUUCUGCACCUUGUGAACGUCUUUUUUCUAGAAUGGGGUGGUUUCAAAAUCCAAGACGCAGCCGCCUCAAGUUACCAACGACCUUUAGAAUGACCCAAAUCGCAGCUGAGAUGGCUUGGGAAGAACAUUUAAACAAUGCUGAAAAAGUUCGCCAAAGUGUUGCUGCAAAUCAUAUUACUCAUUCAACCAAUAGUGAACUAAGUAAUGAAACAAACGAUCUGAAUACACUUAAUCCGAUAGUUGGUGAGGUAUUAAAUGACGAAACUAUUACUAAAGAAUGGGUUAAUGAAGAAAGUGAGGAACUUGAAGAAAGUGAAGAACUUGAAGAAUUAAACACGGGCUCUUUUGAUGCUACUGAUAUGCAUAAAUAUCAUCCAGCUGAACACAAAGAUUCAAAGAUAGAACUUCGAUACCUCUUUACACGUACUUUAUCACAACCAUCAUUUGUUCGUACUCUUCGGCAACAUGUUGAAGAUACUUCCGAGAUUUCUAACAAUUAG